AUACGUUUUUUUUUUAAGAAAAGCUCGAUAAAAAAGAAUUAAAACUGGUUUUAUCGAGAUUGUAAAAAGUGUAAAGUAACUUAAAAAUCUUGAAGAGGGAAAUAAGAAGUAAAAUAAAAUUAAAUAUUUUAAAAGAAAAUAUUAAGUUAAAUUAAAUGAAAUUAAAUAUUUUAAAAGAAAAUUUUACUUUUUAAAACAAUCAUCUCGUGAUCGUAAUAAUUUUCGCACAUGCAAUGAGUACAGAAGCAUCAUUACAAAAUUUUUUAUCGCUUUGCGUUACAGCAAGAUACAGCGAUGUCGUCAGAGUACUCAUUCUGUAGCGAGGGAGGUUUCGAUGAACUCUCGAGCUCCUCCGAUUCUGGUUUCGAUGUUAGCUUUGAAUCGCCGAAACACGAAGUUUCAGGCGACACUCUGUUCCCUCCGGUUAAAGAAGAGAAGCGCAAAAAAACGCGGAACACUCGUUGUAAAAGUCCCACUCAGGUGCUCAGAUUAAAGAGAAAUCGGCGGAUAAAGGCGAACGACCGCGAGCGUCACAGAAUGCAUACUCUGAACGACGCCCUGGAACGUCUGAGGAUGGCUCUACCGACCUUUCCCGAGGAUACGAAGCUCACGAAGAUCGAGACACUUCGGUUCGCGCACAACUACAUCUGGGCACUGUCGCAGACCCUAGGCAACUCCGAAGGCGGUGAGAUCACGGUGAACGUCGGCAACGUUACCGUCAGCAUCACCGAGAAUGGCAACAUGAUCACCUCAUCAAGCGGAAGCUGCGCGGUGGCGGCCCAGAAGAGGCUCGGGCCGCAACAUACCGCGAGUUUCCCGUACCCACCUCAGGAGCGAUUCAUCGCGCCGGAAUGGCAGGAGUACGAUUGCUACAGCGAUCAGAGCGUGAGUCCACCGAUGCAGUACCAGCAAUGCUACGACCAGAGAAUGUACCAAGUCCAUCGUCCUCAACAUCAGCUAGUACCGCCGACUCAUCAUCACAUGUCUCAUCACAACGCCAUGUAUCAGUGUCUUUAGACGUCGACGAAGUGCAGAUAAAUUCUAAUAGUUGCUUCAGUGUUGAUUAUCUCUAUCCAUGGAUUCAGCUCAGACCUAGUCUCUCUGUCUACGCUGUUACAAAUAAUGGAAGAGACACAAGAACGAUUAUCUCCUGGUACUUAAUCAAAAAAUUAACUACAGGAAGAAGUUGAAUGUAACUGUAGUUGAAGAAUGCUUCUUUCCCAAAGAGCUGACGUGAUUGUAAAAAAAAAUGGACAGUGCUAUGAUUAUCGUUAUCUACUUUAUAAGAGAGUAUUUUAUUCGAGAAUGAUGUAAAUCGAUUAGAAAGGUUAUUCAAUUCUAAUCCUCAAUAAGCAUAUUUUGCUGUACAUCAAUCAGAAAGCAAUUAAGAGAAAGAAAAAUAUUUUUUACAAGAUUGGCGCUUUUACUUCAAAAUUAAUAAAAAAGCUUUUUUUACGCUAAUAUUAGAAAGUAGUUUGAUUUAAUGUUUCAGUGCGAAAGAUAAAGAAAAUGUCGAAUUCACUAUUGAAGAUUAAUUGUAGAUAAUAAAUGAUAGAUUUCUUGCGUUUCGAAUACCAUACUAUCUACGUUCCUCUUAUUCUAGUCAGCAAUAUUCUUAGUUGAUCUCAAGCGCUCGAUCUCAUUUUCGUUCAGCAUAUCUUAAGGAAUAAGCUUUUAAGUUACUUUAAAAAAAUAUAUAUUUAUAAAAUGCCUAUCAGUGCUCUUAUUAUAAUACGCAACUGCUGAUUCAGGGAAUAUAUUGUAUAUAAUUUAUAACUGAUCAAUAAAAACAUAUUUUACGUAAAUUUCUUUUAAAGAAAUCCUUACCAACUACAUGCCAUGGUGAUAUGCCUUAUUAAUUAUAAUUAUAUUUAUAUGUAAAAUAAAAUAUAAAAAGUUUUAUUUUUGAGGUUUCGUAAUUGGGAAGAAAUAGAAUCUAUAGAGAAGUAUGUAACAUUGCUCAUUAUUUCGUAU